UUCCAACCCAAAAGAGGGCCCAAGAACAUCAGGAGGUGCAAAGAAAACGACGUGCUAUAAAAUACCAUCCGGAUCCAGACCGUUUCAGGCCAAUCGGAGGCGUUUAUGGGUGAAAAUAAUCAAAAGGGCGAACGGCGGAGUGGAGGAGCUCCAUGGAAACGCUCGUGUCUGUGGCGCUCAUUUCAUAUCAGGAGAAGCGUCCAUGGAUCACGACAGUCCUGACUUUGUGCCUUCUGUGUUUGCAUGCACCACCCCCAAAAAACAGAGCCCGAGCCCCAAGAAAAGAGUAAGAGAGAGAGAAAUGUUGUACAGCCUUAGAAAAAGGCGCCGUCCAUGUCAAACAGCCGACGUGGAAACAGAAGAAACUCCGCCUGAAGGUGAUACUUCUGAGGACCUCGACUCCUCCAAUUUAAUGGAAACUACAGAAGAAGUAGAGACACCAUCAACCCCUCCAGUUUCAAAGGAGAGCGAAACAUUGACUACAGAAGUGAAGACUCUACAGUUUACACCCAGCUCAAACAAGACUUCAUUAAAACUACCGGCAGGCCUCCCAAAACUCUGCAAUAUGAGCCCUAUUGUGCUCCUAAAACCUGUAAUUAUACCACCGAGUGGGUAUCAGUGUGAGCAGUUGAUAGAACACAAACACGAAGACGAGCAUGAAGAAGAAAAACCCGUUCCCUGUGAAAUUUGUGGGACGCUUUUCGCAAGUCAGGCUCUUUUCACGGAGCACCAGUGCGUCCACGCCGAAAAACCGUCCUUCGCCUGCAACAUGUGCAAUCGAACUUUCUCUACCAAUCACAACCUCAAGCGUCACAAACUGCUGCACGUCAGAGACGGCAGGAAGUGCGGCAAGUGCGGCGUGCUGUUCUGUCGACGUCACAACCACGUCGUUUUCGUGCCGCAGGCUGAGUCUACGGUGGAGUCCGAUCAAGAUUGUUCCAUCGUCGAGACUGAAAAUGUGAUGCCAGAAAACAACGUGCUGGAGAAGGUUGAGCCGAGUCAGACGGAUCAUGACGUGGCUGAUGAUGCUCAGAGCUCCCAGACUGUUACCACGACUACAAGCACAACCUCUAAACCUUUACCCAAGAAACAUAAAACCUCCCCAGGAGUCUUACCCACUAAUAUCUUAACAGAAGUCCCUUUCCCAAAGUUGAUCAAACCGUUCCGCUCCUCUUUGGCGCUGCUGCCACGAUCUACCUCAUUUCAGUUUAAGCCACCGGUGCCACCCGACUAUCCCGCGGUGUUCAUUCAGCCUCAUCUCCCUCAACGUCCAGAGCUCCCGUACUCGCUGCGGGUCUUUUCACCCCAGUGCCUCACCUCAGCGUUACUCGAAGUUAAAAGAAACUACGGAUACAUUUGCAAUAAAGAAGUGAUUGCGAUGGCGAAGAAGAAAAAGGAGAAGGAGAAGCAGGUGGUUCACGUGAAGGUGGAGCAGAGCGAGACACAGCUGAUUUCUCCAGUCAAGCAGCGCAGCAGUGAGAAAGUCAAGAAGGAGAGAACGGCGUAUGACUUGGAGAUUGUGCUCUGA